AUGCCACCUCCUGAGGGCGGCGGGAACCCACCCCCUUCUCUGAGAAAGCAGCGUUGGCCCGGACCCCUGGGGCUGGCGGUGACCACGAUCCCAGCCAGCCCUGCCUCCCACGGCUCCCUGGUCCCCAGCCGGAUGGCUGCUGGCACGCAGGCCCGGCCACACCAUGUGAAGGAUGGGGUGAUACAGCCGGGGGACGGCCGAGCCUCUGCGACCCUCAGGACGACGGUGGACAGGGUGACAGAUGCGGGUCCGGGCUCAGAGACCGAGGAGCAGGACGCGGGCGGUGGGGCCUGCAGCCGCUUUCAACAAACCACGCAGGGCCGCGAUGAGGGCUACAGGGAGCAGUCCCGGGAGCACUCCCGCAGCCCCCUCUGCCCCCAGCACGAUGCACACGCUGGCUUCAUCACGUGGCGCCUCCAUCCCCGACUCCAGCCUCGGAAGGCCUCCUCAGAGGCAGCCAGGACCUCAGGAGCAGGCCUUCUGACCCAAGUCCCACACGGGCAGGGCUCCAACGAUGACCUCGCCUUAGGGGGAAGGAUGCAGCGUCCUCCCAGGAAGGACAGGCUGACAGCCCUGCCCGCGCCCGAGCGGGUUUCCGCCCUUCUCUGCCCGCCCAGCCCGGUGAUGCAGCCCGCCCCUCCAGCCAGGCCCCCCGGCCCGGGAGGGCAGUCGGUACACGCUCCAGCGACCUUAGCCCCCGGCCCCCUCACUGGACGAGCUGGUGCCCCUCACCAGGUCCUCAGAUCCUGCCACCAUGUGAGCUCAGAUGCCACCCUCACCUCCAGGCCAGAACAGCCCCAAGUGACUUCCGUCCCGAGUGGUCCCGGGACCCUCCGUGGGCGCUUCCGUCCGGCGCCCCUCACAGGCACGCAGGCGGCCCCAGAGGAUGGCAGCACCUUCGGAAAAGAUGAAGGCCCGCCAGGGAAGUCGUCACAAACCAUCGCUCCUGGUCCCGACCACAGAGAUGCUCAGGGCAGUGAGAGAGCAUCGGAACAGGUGACUGAGCGGCAAAUCAGUUUAAUACGGAAAUCAGCAUAUGCUUUAAAGGGACCAGAUAUCUUCCUCUUCAUUCUCUAA